AUGCAUAUCUUUAACGGAAAUUUUGGACCUAAAAAUGAAGAUAUGGAAUUAAGAGGGCUGAUAGGUUGAAUUGUAAAAAUAUCAUGGGUUAUUUUUAUUCUGAAUUGUAUCUUUAGCAAGUAUAGUAAAAAUCUAACAGUAAAAUGAUUCACGCAUUUCUCUUUCAGUGCAAUUACUUUUAUUGAUUUAGUGUUUAGAUUUGCAUAG